AUGGCGAACAUGUUUACUUCAACAUGGCGCUCCUUUUGGCACACCAUGACCUCCAAUGACCGGCAUGCCUCCCAUGAUUCUCCCUAUCGGACAGGGCAACAUGUUCCGCUCAACCAAAGUCGCCACGAACCCCUCACAUCCAUCGCUACCAGCGCAAUCGAAUCCCGCCCUGAUCUCUCCAACCCCUACGAUGAUGAGCCAACAAAAGGUUCCGCCAAUGCACAGGCCACCGAAUGGACUGGCUCCCCGGACGAGGGCUCCCCAUCCCGCCCCUACUCGCCGGGGAUGAGGUCGGUCGCCUCCCAGAAGCGGAGGUCCAACGACCAGGGAGAGGGCGCCCCAGAGAUCCAAAUGCAAAGUUUCCAUGACGGAGCACCCCCACCGCCACCGGUCGCCCACUCCUGGAGGAAAAUCGAGCGGUGGUUAGAACAUAAUUACGAGGAACUCCUGGACCAGCUGGGUGAGGGAUGUACCCAAAACGAUAUUAAUGAGUUGGAGCACGAGCUGGAUUGCAGUCUUCCGCUGGAACUACGGGAGUCCCUGAUGCAUCACGACGGUCAGGAGCGUGGUGGCCUCCCCACCGGUGUCAUUUUCAGUGCUAUGCUUCUGGACUGCGAGGAGAUUGUCCAAGAAUGGCGCAACUGGAAGACCGUCAAUGAAGAGUAUUUCGGAAGCUCCAACUACAUCCAACCCCCCGUGUCCAGCUCUGCCGCAAGUUCCUCCACCGCGCCCCCAGCCACCAUGUGGCGCUCGGAUCUGCUCGAGCGUCAGGACUCCCAACCGCCCGGCGCUGUCCAGAAAGCUUACGCGCACCCCGCGUGGAUCCCCCUCGCCCGUGACUGGGGUGGCAACCACCUCGCGAUCGAUCUGGCACCCGGGCCCGCUGGAAAAUGGGGCCAGGUCAUUAUCUUCGGCCGAGACUACGACUGCAAAUACGUUGUAUCGCGGUCCUGGGCCACUUUCCUCGCUACUUUCGCUGAUGACCUCUGCAGCGGCAAGGUCAUUGUCGACGAGGAGACGAACGAGCUGAAGCUGAAGGAAUUCAAAUCCCAGAAUGUCGAACCCCCAUACCUGGAAAUCCUGCGCUGGAGAACGGAUCAAAAGUUCGGUCGCCGCGCGCCUCGCCGGAAGGGCCCUGCCAAUGGUCUCGGUGUGAACCCCUCCGGCAACAGAUCUAGCAGCCGGGAAUCGCCCUACGGCAGCCCUACACGAGCCGAGGAGCGCGGCCGCUCUCCGCACCGCUUCUCCAAGGGUGGGAAUGCCCAGAGCCCCAAGACGCCAUUUGGCGUGUCCAGUCCUCUCGCCCGCGUGACGGAAGAGACUACCAGUCCCAUUGUCACGGCCGGUCCCGCGAUCUCUGAAGACCCCAAAGAAAACGGAAAGGAGGCUCAGAAUGAAGAUCUAAUGGAGGUGACCACGCCGCAGGUCUCCAACAAAGAGAAUGAAGGGUUCUCCAAGAAUGAAAAGAACGAGAAGGAGGACAAGGCAGAGAAGGAGAAGUCCGACGCGGACUCUGUGAUGGAUUCGGAGGUCCUCGGUGAAAUGAAGAACGUGGCUAUCUAG